CCCCGCCGUCGAUGGCCGCCGACCCGCCGGGAGCUGCCGAGAAGGGAGAGAUGGCUCCCGGGACACGUGUGAGCCCUCGGCGUUGCUGACGCCCCCAAUGUCGUCGAGCAGCCGGGGGCCGGGGGCCGGAGCGCGCCGACGCCGAACCCGCUGCCGUCGCUGCCGGGCCUGUGUGCGAACUGAGUGCGGGGACUGCCACUUCUGCCGAGACAUGAAGAAGUUCGGGGGGCCCGGGCGCAUGAAGCAGUCGUGCCUGCUCCGGCAGUGCACUGCCCCCGUGCUCCCACACACAGCUGUGUGCCUCUUGUGUGGGGAGGCUGGGAAGGAGGACACAGUGGAGGGAGAGGAAGAGAAAUUUGGUUUGAGCCUCAUGGAGUGCACAAUCUGCAACGAGAUCGUCCACCCUGGCUGCCUGAAGAUGGGGAAGGCUGAGGGUGUCAUCAAUGCGGAAAUUCCUAACUGCUGGGAGUGCCCUCGCUGCACCCAGGAAGGCCGGACCAGCAAGGAUUCAGGUGAGGGACCAGGCCGCCGCAGGGCUGACAACGGCGAGGAGGGUGCCAGCCUGGGGAGUGGAUGGAAGCUGACGGAGGAGCCGCCACUUCCACCCCCCCCACCCAGGCGCAAGGGCCCCCUGCCUGCUGGGCCCCCCCCAGAGGACGUGCCUGGGCCCCCCAAAAGAAAGGAGAGGGAGGCAGGGAAUGAGCCCCCCACCCCAAAGAAAAAGGUGAAAGGAGGCCGUGAGAGGCACCUGAAGAAGGUGGGUGGAGACGCCUGCCUCCUCCGAGGAUCGGACCCAGGCGGCCCAGGCCUUCUGCCCCCCAGGGUUCUGAAUCCAAGCCAGGCUUUCUCGUCCUGCCACCCUGGGCUCCCUCCCGAGAACUGGGAGAAACCAAAGCCACCUUUGGCCUCUGCUGAGGGCCCAGCAGUGCCAUCCCCAUCGCCGCAGAGGGAGAAGCUAGAGCGUUUCAAGCGGAUGUGCCAGCUGCUAGAGCGGGUGCCUGACACGUCCUCGUCCUCCUCGGACUCAGACUCAGACUCCGACUCAUCAGGCACAUCCCUGAGUGAGGACGAGGCCCCUGGCGAGGCCCGGAACGGGCGGCGGCCAGCCCGGGGCAGCUCAGGCGAGAAGGAGAACCGUGGGGGGCGACGGGCCGUGCGCCCUGGUAGUGGGGGACCCCUCCUCAGUUGGCCCUUGGGCCCUGCCCCACCACCCCGGCCCCCGCAGCUGGAGCGUCAUGUGGUACGGCCCCCACCUCGAAGUCCUGAGCCCGACACACUGCCUUUGGCUGCUGGAUCCGACCACCCUCUGCCCCGGGCUGCCUGGCUUCGUGUCUUCCAGCACCUUGGGCCCCGAGAGCUGUGCAUUUGCAUGCGAGUCUGCCGGACUUGGAGCCGCUGGUGCUAUGACAAGCGUCUGUGGCCUCGCAUGGACCUGAGCCGGCGGAAGUCACUUACUCCUCCCAUGCUUAGUGGUGUGGUUCGUCGCCAGCCCCGAGCCCUGGACCUCAGCUGGACAGGUGUCUCCAAGAAGCAACUCAUGUGGCUUCUGAACCGACUGCAAGGCCUGCAGGAACUGGUGCUGUCUGGCUGCUCCUGGCUCUCUGUCUCUGCCCUGGGCUCAGCCCCACUGCCCGCCCUGCGGCUCCUGGACCUGCGCUGGAUUGAGGAUGUUAAAGACUCCCAGCUCCGCGAGCUGCUGCUGCCUCCACCAGACACCAAACCAGGGCAAACGGAGAGCCGAGGGCGGCUGCAGGGGGUAGCAGAGCUGCGUUUGGCAGGCCUGGAGCUGACAGAUGCCUCCCUGCGGCUCCUGCUGCGCCAUGCGCCCCAGCUGAGUGCCCUGGAUCUGAGCCAUUGCGCCCAUGUUGGGGAUCCCAGCGUUCAUCUCCUCACGGCCCCCACCUCCCCACUCCGAGAGACCCUGGUACACCUCAAUCUCGCUGGUUGCCACCGCCUCACUGACCAUUGCCUUCCGCUGUUCCGCCGCUGCCCUCGCCUACGCCGCCUAGACCUGCGCUCCUGCCGCCAGCUCUCACCUGAAGCUUGUGCCCGGCUGGCAGCUGCUGGGCCCCCUGGCCCCUUCCGCUGCCCAGAGGAGAAGCUGCUUCUCAAGGACAGCUAGUUGGGUGCCUCCCACCCUCCCCCAGGACUCAUCAGGAGCCUGGACUUCGGGCCUUCAUUUCACUCCUGCCAGGAGGCCAGGUUACCCACCUCAUAACUUGGGAUUCCUGAAUUUUCUGACGGGAUUCCUGCCCAGGGACUUGAGCCAGCCUCCCCACUCUCUACCCCCUGCACUGAUAUUUCUGGGGGUCUCUUUCCCAUCCCCUCCCCCUUUCACUUGCUUCAUUGUCCAUCCCCUGGGGGGAGUGGGUCAGAGGUACUGGGGGUUGCUGAGCCAAAGGGAUGGUGGGAGGGGGGUAAGGUGCAAGUUUGAGGGAGGGAGAAUGGGGAAAAUGUAUCUGCAUACAGGAUACUGGGAGCCAGGGGCUGCGGGAGGUGGAGGAUGGGCUGGGGGAGGGGGGCAGAAAGCAGACCACCAAGGGUGCAGGGAACAGACCAGAUACUUGGAGUUGGGAGGGAGGGGCAAAAAGGGAAACCAGAGGAGCUAUUGGGAGUCCAGGUGUCAGAGGUGGGGGUACUCGGGGAACCAGGGAAAGCCAGGGCUAAGUGAGGGAUGGGAGGCAAGAGCAGGUGUGGGGGCAGUAGCACUCCCUCAGGGGGGUCACUCCUCCCCUUUCUCCCCAGCUUCAGUUCCUUCCCCCAACCCUGACUCCUUGAAAGUCACUGACAAUGGCAGCUAUUGCGAGGAGUGGGGGCCAGCUGGCCUAUCUGCUGUUCAGCGUGGCCCAGGGGAGUGGUGAGGGGUACCCCAGCCCCCUACCUGCCUCCCCGCUCAAUACUUGAACAUUCAUCUGUACUGAAGUGUUACUUGAACCUGGGGAAUCUCGGACCUGGGGGAGCUGGAGUGUGAGGGGCCGGACCGUUUGGACUGAGACUGGUCCGGUGGGUGCCCAGUUUGGACUGCGUCACCACCAGGCUCCUUCUUGCUUUACUGUAUUGAGCAGUUCUACCCCUCCUGACCUGAAGCGGGGCGGGGUGGGGUGGGGUGGGGUGCCUGCCCAGUGAUGGGGAAGAUGGGACACUUCCAGUUUGGCUCUUCCCACUCAUCGUCAUGGAAACUUGUAUCCCAUUUGCCCAGGGAACUGCCACUCCUGGUUGCCAUGGAAAUAGCAGCCAAUGGACAUAUCCCAAAGCCAGGGCUAAGGCUGUCGUAAUGGCCCCACUUGGUUGCCAUGGGAACUUAGUAACACUCUUGGCCCGCCCCUGCCCCUUCCUCCAGUGCGGGGGUGGGGCUUGGGGGGCCAGGGCCCGCCCCUCAGCCCAGGCCUCCGGGGUAGCUGGGUUGUACCAAGUAGGGGAGGGGGGAAUUUAUCCACAUACCUCAGGUAACAGGGAGGUGCGCGGGUGGGGGGAGGGACUGGGCGGACCAAAGGUCGACGGGAGGGGCUCCUGGGGUUCGCGAAAGGCUUGAGGUUGGGGCCGCUUGGGGGAGGGGGAAGAGGCAGCCCGGCGGGGGACAAGUGGGGGACCCAGCCGGGCUGGGCCCCGGGUCUGUACAAUACGGUUUGCUAUAAAACUCAAAAUCUUCCAGCUGGG